AUGGAAAGCUCUCCGGUCUCCAUAGUGCCCGCAUCCUUAGAGCCCUCCCGACCGACUCUUCUGGAUGCAAAUCAACCAGAUGCUGAUGCCGUUGCAACCAAUGCCACAAAGCAAAACGAUGGGGAAGAGAGUGAUGAAGCUCAGACACAGGCCGACUUUGAGGAGAGCGAACGUGAGGAGGCUGCCAUCCGUUCUAUUCUAGACCAGCAAAGCAUCAUACAGUUUCGCCAAUAUGCACAGGAACAGCAUCCAAAAGAACCAGAAAAGCAGGAGGAGUUGAUUGCCCAGAUGCAGGAGCAGUACUUCCAGUAUUACAUUGAGAACGUGCAACAGUCACAGGCCAUACACCAGCAGCGGCAGAUCGAACAGCUAAUCGACCUGCAAAAAGCUUCUCGAGCCGAGGCCGCUGCCAAUGGCAAGGAAUUGUCGCCGGAAGACGAGGAUGCCAUCGUUGAGGAUUUCUUCGCGCUCAUCAAAGCGGUAUACCCCCCCCAAGCCUUCCAGGACGACGCUUAUGCUCGACCUAGACGGAGAAACCCGACUAACGAGUAA